CAUUUUCAUUUAGAAUAUCCAGAAUUCGCUGAACCUGGCACAUGCAUAAAACUCUUUUGCAAAGGUCGUCCUUGUGUUCGAUGCAAUAAAUGCAGUGAUUGGCGUUUUGAUGGUGAUGAGUACACAUGGUACUGGAUCCGUGAUUAUAAAAAUUGGGGUCCGGAAGACCGGAACCGUUGGAGAAAUGGUGCUUACAAGUUUUUUAGUAGACAUAGUGAUGCAACGUGUUGUCAUCCUUUUUUUGAUGAUUAUCGUGAUUAUCGUGAUGGUUAUCGUGCUGAUUAUCGUGAUGAUUAUCGUGAUGGUCGUUAUCGUGAUGAUUAUGGUGAUGGUGGUUAUCGUGAUGAUUAUGGUGAUGGUCGUCGUGAUUAUCAUGUUGGUCGUGAUCGUUAUCGUGAUGGUUUUCCUGAUUCUCAUGAUUUUUUUGAUCAUGUUUGUCUGUGCGAAAUGCGCUAA